AUGGCAUCCGAAGCAGUCGCCAGCUCGGCCACCGAGGGUCUCACCCCGGCGCAGAAGCUUCAGCAGGAGCAUGCCGACCACCACGUCACCAUUGAGGAUGUCCCCGACGAGGAGGACGCUGCCAACCCAUCCUCUUCGGCUGCCGAUGCCUCUGCUCCUCUGAGCGAGAAGGCUGCUGGCAAGCAAAAGGCUGAUGAUGCCCCGGCUGCCCCGAAGAAGCCCGCCCUCAACACGUCGUCUGAGGAGGCCUUCCCGGCUCUUGGUCCCGUUAAGCCCCGAGCCCAGGCUUCUGUUGCGCCCACCUGGGGCAAGAAGCCUGCCUCGAUCACGUCCAAUGGCGUCAAUAGCAAUGGUGCCUCCGCCCCCGCCGGCCGUGGCCCCGCCCUUCCGUCCAUGAGCAUCCCCGGCAAGCACACCGAACGUAUCUCCCUCGCAUCUCACCAGGUUGCUCCCCGCGGCGAGCUCAAGAAGCCCAUCAAUGAAAUCGUCCGCGACAUCAACAGGCGAUCCAAGGCCAACCUCGAGUACAAGCAGGCUCCCGGCGCCCUCAUCUUCGAAGCCACUGGUUCUGUCGAGGCCGUCAGGCAGGCCCUUAAGGAAGUUGCCAAUGAGGUUGGUUCCAAGCAAUCCGUCGAUGUCCCCGUCCCUGCCUCCGUCCGUGCCCACAUCAUCGGUCGUCAAGGAUCCAAGAUCCAGGAAAUCAGCAAACGCACCGGUGCCCGUAUUCAGGUUCCCAAGGCCGAGCCGGGUGAGGAUGAGGACACUGUGGUCAACGUUCACAUUGAGGGCAAUGCUGUGACGGCUGAGAUGGCUCGUCGUGAGAUUGACGCUAUUGUCAACGAACGCACUUCGACCGUCAACCUGCGCCUCAAGGACAUCCCCGCCGAGUUUUAUCCUUUCCUCGCAGGCCCCAACAAUGUCCACGCCAACAGGCUUGUCCAAGGCCGCGAUGUCAACAUCCAGAUUCCUCAAUACCAUACUUGGCAGUCGCAGGCUCCUCCCGUAGCCCCACGUGGCCAGCCUGCUCAGUUUGUCCCCCAGGCAAACUUCCCUAUCCAGGUUUCUGGUGACCGUGUAGCUGCCCAGCAGAUCCAAGCUGAGUUGGAGCGCCGCGUUCAGCAGCUGCGCCAACAGCUGGCUACCGAGCAGCGAUCCAUUGAGCGUGGUAGGCACCAAUUCAUUGUUGGCGACCGCGGUCACUCGCUCCACGACUUCUUGGAGGAGACUGGCUGUAGCAUCGUUCUGCCUCCUAACUCGGACGAUAGCGAGACUGUCUACAUUGUCGGUCCACCAGACAAGAUCGAGCAAGGUAUCAAUAAGCUCGAGGAUCUUGCUGCCAGUAUGACCAUGGCGACUGCAGACGCUGCCCGUGAGCACAAGGGCCCUAACGCUCAGACACACGCCCACAACUUGACUCGCUACCUACGUCAACGAAAGGCCCUUGAAGAGCUCGAACGUAAGCACGAAGCUAGCAUCGUCGCGCCUACCGACCGCCACGCGCCAACUGGAUGGGAAAUCUACGCCAAGGAUGGAAAGAACAGCAUGAAGGCCCGUACUGAUAUCAUGAGCCUUUUCCAAUCGCAUCCACCAAGCAGGUUCUCUACUCUGAAUGUUGAUCCCUUUUACCACGACUUCCUGCGACAGCGCAACGCACCCAAGGUCAGGCAAGACCACGGUGUGCACAUUGUCUUCCCAGACGAAUCCGAGCAGUCGCCUGAGUUGGUCCUUGUUUACGAAGGCAACACUCCAUACGACGAGUAUGACCUCCCACGAGGCGCACCAUCCCAGGCCGAGAUCAAGGCAUACCAGAAGGGUCUUCAGGAUGCCCAGCGAUUCAUUCUCGGUUUGACCAAGGAUCAGCCAAAGAUUGAGUCUCGUGGCCUCGAGUCCAACCCCAAGUUCCACCGCAAGAUUGAGCAGUUCGUCAACGAUGAGCAGCGUGGCCUUGCGCCAGAGCAGGUUCCCGUCCAGGCUCUGUUUGGUCAGCGACGACCUGAGCCUUACAGCCAGUCAAACAACAGCUUUGCCAUCCGUGGACCCACAAACGCUGUUGAUGAGCUUAACGCUAAGAUCCUUGCUUUCAUUGAGCAAGCUGAAAAGGAUGAGCUCGAGCGCAAUCACAUCACUACUUUUGACUACCCUCAGAAGUAUGCCAGCCACCUUGUAGGAAAGGGUGGAGAGAAUAUUCAACGUCUGCGUCAAAAGUACGAUGUUGAUGUCCAGAUCAACGAUGGCAAGGUUGAGCUCAAGGGACCUUCAGCCAAGGCCCAACAGUGCAAGAAGGACAUUCUUGACAUGGCCAAGAAGCUCGAAGACGAAGCUACCCACAUCCUCAAAGUCAAGCCACAGUACCACCGUGACCUGAUUGGCGCUGGCGGCAAGCAAGUUGAGCGUCUGCAGGACCGCUAUGGUGUGCGCAUCAACUUCCCUCGACGAGCACAAAACGACGAGGAGGCGGGCGAAGGAUCAUCACAGAAGAAUGUCCGCCCUAGCCAGAACCCAGAUGAAGUCAUCGUUCGAGGCCCCAGGAAGGGUGCCGACGAAGCCCGUGAUGAGGUGCUGAGCCUUCUUCAGUACAUCAUGGACAACUCCUACAGUGACACUGUUUCGGUGGCACAGAGCAAUAUCCCACGUUUGAUUGGAUCCGGUGGCCGUGAAAUGGAGAACCUCCGUCUCGAGACUGGAUGCCAGAUCGAUGUCCCCGGUGCUCGUGAAGGUGCCGAUCCUUCUGGCCGUGCCGAGAUCAAGCUUAAGGGAACCAAGAAGCAGGUCGAGGCAGCCAAGAAGAUUCUGCAGCAACGUGCUCAGGAGUUUGAUGAUACUGUUGUGGAGACUCUCGAAGUUGACAGGAAACAUCACAGGAACCUUAUUGGCGGCAGUGGUGCUAACAUCCGCUCCAUUGUCACCUCCGCUGGUGGCCCCGACAACUCUCGCGAUUUGGCACGCAUGGUGCGCUUCCCACGCGCCGAGUCUGACGAGUCCAGCAUUCGUGUAGAGGGUCCCAAGAGUGUCGUUGAGAAGAUUGUUGCCGCUAUUAAGGCACAGGUAGCCACGCUUGAGAACCAGACUACCGAGACCCUCGAUAUCUCUCCUGACAAGCAUCGCCUACUGAUUGGCCGCGGUGGCGAAACUCGUCGCUCUCUCGAAUCCAAGCUCAACAUCCAGCUUGAUAUUCCCAAGCAGACCACCACUGGCGCUGCCCGUAAUCAAGUCAAGAUUACCGGUGAGCCUGCCGCUGUUGAGAAGGCCAAGGAGCACAUUCUUGAGCUCGUCAAGGGUCAAGAAGGCGAGACCAUCCAGGUUCCUCGCUACCUCCACCACGCCAUUUCGGAUAACGGCCAGUUCUUCCGUCAGCUUCGCAACCAACACAAAGUCACUGUUGACCACGGCGGCGAGCAACUUCCUCCUAAGCCUGCUCAAACCGAAGCCGGAAAGUCCAGGAAGGGCGCAAACGGGGCUCUGCCUUUGAUCACCGACGAUGCGACCAACGGCUCUAAUGAGCACUCAUGGGAGAUUGUCGACAACAACGUUGUAGAGGAGGGUGCUGAUACCUCGGCCACUAUUCCUUGGAUUCUGCGCGGCCCUGCUGAGAACCUGCCCAAGGCUCGCCAGAGGCUCGAGCAGGCCAUUGAGGCCGCCUCCAAGCCCUCUUCCACUGGUUACCUCAUCCUGCCCGACCCACGAAGCUACAGGCUCGUUGUCGGACCUGGUGGCUCCACCAUCAACGACCUCCGCAAGAAGACGGGCACCAAGAUUCAGGUCCCUCGUGACCAGGCCAAGGAUGAAGCUAUUGAGAUUGUCGGCACCAGGGACGGAUGCGAAGAGGCUCGCCAAUUGAUCCUCGACAUUGUGUCCAAAGGUGGUAACGGCGGUCGUAGGGAGCGCUCCUAA